AUGAUUCGCAGUGAUAAUACCCCUGAACUUGCUUUUCCUAAAAUCAUUCAUGAUCUUGGCAUUGUGCAUCAAUAUUCUUGUGCAUAUACACCCCAGCAAAAUUCAGUUGUGGAACGUAAGCAUCAGCAUAUUCUUAAUGUUGCUCGUGCAUUACUGUUUCAAUCAAAUUUGCCAUUGGUUUAUUGGAGUGAAUGCAUAUAUACUGCGGUUUUCCUCAUUAAUCGUACUCCAUCUUUGCUUUUGGCUAAACUUAGUCCUUUUGAAGUUUUGGCUAAGAAAAGUCCGGAUUGCUCAUUUCUUCGUUCUUUUGGUUGUCUUUGCUAUGUCUCUACUUUGCUUAAAGAUCGCCACAAAUUUUCACCUCGUGCUGAUGCAUGUGUUUUCUUGGGUUAUCCUUCAGGUUGCAAAGGUUACAAGGUCUUACAUCUGGAAACAAACGUUAUUUCAAUAAGUCGAAAUGUAGUUUUUCAUGAAACAGUUUUCCCUUUCAAAACCGAUUCUUCAAGUGUUUCUCCAGAUGUGUUUUCCAAAACGAUUUUACCUUUACCUAUUCCAGUUGGCUUGGAUUUUCAUUCCCCUGUUUCUAAUAUUGCUCCUAUUGCAUCUGAUUCUCAUGUUGUUCCUGAUAAUUUUCAUGUUGUUCCUGUUGACUCUCAUGUCUCUGAUGCAUCUCAUACAUCUCAUGCAUCUGCGUCACGCUCUAAUGCCACAUCUUUAUCACGAGAGACUGUUUCACAGGACACAGGACAAAGUCGACUUCUCAAUAACAUGUCACGACCCAAACGUGUGCCUAAGGCUCCCGGUUACUUAUCUGAGUAUCACUGUUCCUUUACUCAGACCUCUAGAUCUUUGGCCACUCCUUUUGAUAUUCCUCCUUCUGAAUCUAUUCCUUCCACCACUGUUUACCCUCUCUCAAAUGUCCUUACCUAUUCAGCCCUAGCCCCACUAUAUCAAUCCUAUGUUUUUUCCUAUUCCCUUGAGACGGAACCAACGACAUUCAAGCAGGCUAUGACUUCUCCUCAUUUUAGGCAUGCGAUGAAUGAAGAACUUGAGGCUAUGGAGAUUAAUAGGACUUGGACUAUUGAAUCUUUGCCUCCUGGUAAGAAUGUGGUGGGUUGUAAAUGGGUCUAUACUAUUAAGUAUAAGGCUGAUGGGACUAUUGAACGUGUGAAACUUCUCCUUGCUUUGGCGGCUAUCAAAGGAUGGAGUCUUUGCCAAAUGGAUGUGUCUAAUGCUUUUUUUCACAGUGAUUUGGACGAAGAAAUUUACAUGAGCCUGCCUCAAGGCUACACUCCAUCAUCUGGUACUCUUCCUCCGAAUCCAGUGUGCCGUCUUCACAAGUCCUUGUACGGUUUGAAGCAAGCGUCUCGGCAGUGGUAUCAUUGUCUAUCUGAUGUGCUUCUCCGUUCUGGUUUCACGCAAUCAGUGUCUGAUAACACACUCUUUGCUAAGCAAGUUGGUGACAAGUUCACGGCUGUUUUGGUGUAUGUCGAUGACAUCAUGAUUGCGAGCAACAACGAUGCAGAGGUUGCUUCUAUCAAGACGUCUCUCAGCUCAGAAUUCAAAAUCAAGGAUCUUGGCGAGCUUCGUUUCUUCCUCGGUCUCGAGAUAGCUCGAUAUUCCCUCGGUAUCUCUGUCUGUCAACGGAAGUAUGCCUUGAACCUCCUAUCUGAUGCUGGUCUUCUGGGUUGCAAACCGUGUUCCGUUCCGAUGGAUCCUACUGUCAAGUUGACCAAGAGCUCUGGCACUGCGUUACUUGAUCUGAAUCCUUAUCGUGCUCUGGUGGGUCGUCUUCUGUACUUGACGAUAACGCGACCUGAUAUUACGUUCGCUGUUCAUUGCCUUAGCCAGUUCAUGCAUUGCCCUACGGAUGUGCAUCUUGCUGUUGCACAUAGGAUCCUCCGUUACAUCAAAAAUAACCCGGGUCAAGGUCUGUUUUACUCUGCUUCAUCAACUCUAUGCCUUAAUGCUUUCUCGGAUGCUGACUGGGGCACGGAUACAGAGUCUCGCCGUUCCAUCACUGGCUAUUGUGUAUACCUUGGCAAAUCCCUUAUCACCUGGAAGUCAAAGAAGCAGCAUUUACUCACGUUUCUGCAGGUUGAAGUGUCCACUUCUGCGAAACUCUUCUGUGACAACAAAUCUGCUAUCUACAUCGCCACGAACCCUGUUUUCCACGAGCGUACGAAGCAUGUAGAGAUUGAUUGUCACACUGUGCGUGAUCAAGUGAAGAAUGGCUUCCUGAAGUUGAUGUCAGUUGCAAGCGAGAAUCAACAUGCAGACAUUCUCACGAAGCCACUUCAUCCGGGUCCUUUCUUCUCACUACUCAAUCGCAUGUCAGUUUCAAGCCUUUUCUCAUCACAACGAGGUUCUGAAACUACGGCUUGA